AUGUUCACUUGCAGGCGCAGCAAUCAAGUGGAGCCGCCGGUGUCGGCCGGUAAUCCGAAGAAUACAACCGUUGCCAGGGUGGCUGACCGGCCAUGGGUGACCGACGCAAUAAACCCAGUUGCUGCGUCGGCGCCGGUGCCGAACACAAACACCGCCGUCAAGAAGUUCUCCUGCUUGCAAAGUCUGCAUUUUGACGCUCUCACGUCCGCAGCCGUGGUGGAGUUUAUUGGGACGUUUCUGUUAGUACUGACCGUGUCUCUCAGCACCGUCCAGAAUACGGAGAUGGCACCCAUCAGCAUUGGAUUCUUGUUCAUGUCACUGGUUUUCUCCUUCGGUUACCUCAGCGGCGGCCACAUUAACCCGAUGGUAACCAUCUCCGUGUGGCUGGCCACCUCCACCGGUCAGGGCCACGCCACCUUCAGCAUGCGCCGGCUCAUCAUGUACGUUGUCGCGCAGAUGGUGGGUGGUAUGAUAGCUGCCUUUAUCUGCGCGGCUCUCAACGGCCGAGAAUUUCCAGUGCCGAACAUGGGGGUGAGCCUCAACACGAUGCUACGCGGCUUCCUCGCUGAAAGUGUGUUCACGUUUGUUCUCUGCUCAGUUUUCCUGCACGUUGCGGUCAGUCAGCAGCGCAAUAACAGCUUCUACGGCUUCGCAAUCGGCUUCUCAGUGCUGUGUGGAGGCCUGACAUGUGACUCGAUUAGCGGUGGUGUCUUCAACCCUGCUGUGACUACCCCUCUCAUGAUAGUGCGAUGCUUGUUCUCCCUCAGCGCGUCUGCGUGUACCUCGAUGCCAUCCCUGUUGGUCUACUGGGUCUCUGAGGCUAUUGGGGCAAUGUGUGCAUCGAUUGUGUACGUGGCGCUGCAGAACGUGGGGGAUGAAGUCUAA